AUGAUUCUCUUCUCAAAAACAAACACUAGUGGUUUAUAUGGGUUAUUUUCAUUCAAAGAUGAGAAAGCUUAUCAAGCAGCACUUAACACUCAUACAUUUUCUUUUUUUCACAAAGGAACAACUUUUCAGCUUCCAAACAAGGAAACAAUUAUUUCAAAGGUCUAUCUAGUCAGUGGUAUCUUUGACCUACCAGUUAAGAGCUUGGUAUUGGAAGAAAUCCAGUUCAAUGGGUUCUGUGGAUGUUCCUACUGUGUUGAAGCAGGAAAAUCAGUGAAAGCCAAAGAUGGUGGACGAGGUCAGGUGCAUGUGUACCCAUUUAAUGACGAGUCAGAAACAGGCCAUGCAGAACGACGUACCCACAAAGGAACCAUAGCCAAUGGAAUGAAGUCCCUGGAGGACCCUCUUGGAAAACCAGUUUUUGGAGUAAGAGGUGUGUGCCAAUUUGCCAAUCUUAAACACUGAUGUGGUUGAUGGUGUUGCAGUAGAUUACAUGCAUGGGAUUUUACUUGGAGUUAGCAAACAGCUCCUUAAACUAUGGCUGGACUCACAAUUCAGUGGUGAGGACUGGUACUGUGGAACUCUUGUUGCCUUAAUUGAUGAAAGGUUAAUGAGCAUUAAGCCACCAAAUGUCAUUACCAGAGUUCCAAGAUCCCUGGAACAUCACAGAAAAUACUGGAAAGGUAUUUAAAUUAAUAAUUGUGCUUCUUCAACAUAAUCAUACUUAUUUUGAUACAUCAGCAAUAGAUUGCUAUGGGUCAGAUGCCUAUUGUUGUAGGUUGGUGAAUCCAAAACAGGGCAAAGAAAUCUCUGGCAGAUUAUCCAGCAAUUGUUUGGCAAACUAGCGAGAACCUCAAUUGUGUUGUGAAAAGCAGCUGAACAUUAUUUUCUUGUGGUUGAGUUUGCCUAAAUUAUGGAUUUAGCUACAUAAAGUUUUAUUAUUAUCCAUGAUAACUAUUUUCAUCAUUUUAGGUAGUAUUUGAAUGGAAAUACCACAAUAUACAUAAAUUUUGAUCUGUCUUGUAUUUUGUCUUGCCAGCUUCAGAAUUCCAUUCUUGGCUGUUCCACUAUAGCCUUCCAUGUCUAAGAGGAAUCCUGCCAGAAAAAUACGUAAAUCACUAGUUACUUCUGGUAAAUGCAAUCUGGCUUUUAAACCAAGAGUCAAUCACAAAAGAAGACCUUGAUAAGUUAAUAAGGAUGGUUAAUUUUAAGCUUGGUAGUGAAAUGUGGAGGUGAAUUAAUCAACAUGACACGAGCGUGGGACAAAGAAAAAUUCUGAGUCCC